GACCACUAUUUGAAGAAGGUCAUGAAAUUCAAAGACUUUUAUCAGCCAAAUAAAAUCCAACACUUGUAACAAUGUACCUAUUUUUGGCUAGAUCACCCAAAGGUUUUGUUAUCUGCAUUGGCGACAAAGAUAAUACAAGAAGGUUCUUCUUUCAACAUCAGUUGCAGUGCAAAUGCUUCCCCAGUACCUCAUGUGACCUGGAUGAAAAUAUCACCCAAAAAAAGGUUUGCGGUCUCUGAAACAGUAGGCUUGAGUUUCUUAAAAUUCAUGGAAAUCGAGAGAAACGAAGGUGGUACUUAUGAAUGCCAGGCAACUAACAAUCCAGUUGAGCCUCCAGUGACCUCGAAGAUCAAUAUUUUUGUGAUUUAUUUUGAACACUCUUCCACACUUCUUGAUAAGAAUGGUGAAGCACAGAUAGUUGAAGGAGAAGACCUGAAUAUCACCUGUGCAAUAAGUCCAAUAUGGCUUGACAAUGUGACGUGGGUACAUGUACCCACACACGAGUUCCUAAAGUUGGGAAGUGUUAAAGUUAACAGCGGCACACUGGCCAUUCGGAAUUUUUCUCGAAGUCAACAAGGGAAGUACCAGUGCCAGGCUUAUGACAAGAAAGAUGGUAUUUUGGGAAUAGCGAAUGUUUUUAUUAAAGUAAUGU